UUUAGAUCAUUUUUGGGAGUUCAAAGAGAGUCAAAGCUGAUAACGCUCGAACAAGCGGAGGUGAACGAAAAACCGCCAAAACACUAGUCAGCGGAUUUCUUCUAAAUCGCGGGAAAUCAAAAUGGCGGAUGAAAGAGGAGAUGAAGAUCCUGAAAAUACGAUGUAUAUCCUCAUUGCGUCAGAUUGCCAUCUCGGGUACAUGGAAAAAGACCAGGUCCGAGGAAAUGACUCGCUGGUUACAUUCGAGGAAAUACUUCAGAUAGCAAAGGAGAAGAAUGUAGAUUUUAUUCUCCUUGGAGGAGAUCUAUUUCAUGAGAAUAAACCUUCCCGGAAGACUCUACAUGGUGCAAUGGCGCUCUUUAGGAAGUAUUGCAUGGGGGAUAAAGCUUGUCAGAUGGAAUUUCUCAGUGAUCAAUCCGUGAACUUUUCUCAGUCCAGAUUUCCCUGGGUAAAUUAUGAGGAUCCAAAUUACAACAUAUCCAUUCCAGUGUUUUCCAUUCAUGGAAACCAUGAUGAUCCUGCUGGGGAUGGGAACCUUUGUGCUUUGGAUUUGCUCAGUGUCUGUGGAUUUGUUAAUUACUUUGGUAGAGCUCCAUCAAUUGAUGACAUCACUGUGUCACCUAUCUUGAUGCAGAAGGGUAGUGUUAAGAUUGCACUUUAUGGCUUGGGAUCCAUCAGAGAUGAGCGUCUACAUCGCACUUUUCUUAAUCACAAGGUCAAGAUGCUGAGACCUAAGCAGGAUCCUGAAUCAUGGUUCAAUCUAUUUGUUUUACAUCAGAAUAGGGCAAAGCAUGGCUCAACCAAUUACAUUCCAGAGAAGUUCCUUGCUGAUUUUCUUGAUCUUAUAAUGUGGGGCCAUGAACAUGAGUGUAUUAUAGCACCAAAGAAUGCAGAGGACCCAAACCUUUCAUUCUACAUUACUCAGCCUGGGUCAAGUGUUGCAACCUCUCUCAGUGAAGGAGAAUCAAGACCUAAGCAUGUUGGAAUCCUUAAAAUAACAAAGGACAAAAUAUUCAAAAUAGACAAGAUUAUACUGAAGACUGUGCGCCCUUUUUACAUUGAAGAUGUGAUUUUGAAGGAAACAGAAAUUGAUCCCACCCAAGAAGACAUGGUCAUGGCUUACCUAGUUAAUAAAGUGGAACAGUUGAUUGAAAAGGCAAGAAGGGAACACACAGGUAGUUCUCGUCAACCUGACAAACCUCUUAUUAGGUUACGGGUUGAUUACAGUGAUGGGUUUACAGCUUUUAACAUUCGAAGAUUUGGACAACAGUUUGUUGAAAGAGUGGCAAACCCAAAGGACAUUCUACUGUUCUUCAGGAAAAAAGAACCAUUUAAAACUUCAACAGACAAGAUAGAGAGAGAGAGAGUUAGAGUUCCACACCUGCGUCCAGAACCACUAGACUCAAUAAGGAUGGAAGACUUGAUCAAGGAUUAUUUAACAUCAAAGGAUAAUGCAUUAGAGUUACGUAUUCUAACUGAGGGAAGAAUGGCACAGGCACUUCGUGAAUUUGUUGAAAAAGAUGAAAAAGAUGCAAUAUCUACUUUAGUUAAGUGGCAACUGGAUCAAGCACAGAGCCACUUGAAGAAAAAACAGAAUAUCCCUGAAGAAAGCAUUGAGGUUGAAGUUUUCAAACACACAGAGGAAAUACGACAAAAAGAGGAUGAAGAUAAAGAGCAUGAUGCAGAAAAUAUCAGAAAGGUGCUUGAAGAAUCUCGUGUCAGUGAAAUAAACACUGAAAAUGAUGUUGACUUGAGUGGAAGUGAUGAUGAGGACAGAAAAUCCACCCCAAGCACCAGUGGAGCAGGGAAAAAAGGCCACAGUGAUGAUGUUAACACUUCCACAAGAGGCACGGCUGGAGGGCGUGGCAGGGGAAGAGGAAGAGGAAGAGGUAGAGGUGUGCGUGGAAGAGGAAGGGGUGCAACACAAGCAGCUGUCAGCACUUCUCAAACAAUAAUGGAUUCAUUUACUUCAGCAUCCAAGAGAAAGAAACAACAAAGCAAUGUCAAGGGAGUAAGUUCCAAAGAUGAUGAUGAUGACGACGAUGAUGAAUUCAACACUCCAUUAUCAUCUUCUUUGAAGAAGACAAAAACUGCACAAUCAACAUCACAAAGAUCCAGUGGAGCUAAAAACAGAACAGCCAUGAUCAGUGCUGUUGAAAAUGAAGAGGAAAGUGAGGAUUCAGAUGAUCCUUUUUCUAUGGAGCCAAGCAGUAAAAGAAGCAGAAGAUAGCAAAAGAUGAGGCUCAUGGAAUUUUUUUACAAAAUCCUAUGGUUUAGUAAGUUGUUUUAGGGCAAGAGCAUUUGAAUGAUGCCAAACAAGCUGCCAAGAGAUUGGUAUUUAAUUGCAUACACAGAUGUGGUUGUGUUUUUAGCCACAGGGAAAUGUUUGAUGUUCAUGUAGCUGCUGCUGGAGAAGGGAAAGCAAAGCUUUACCACAGUAAUUCAAGUAUUUUGCCAGAACUUGAGCAAACUGCCAGUAAGCAGAAUGUUUGUUACUCAGGUGGCUGGUGGUAUUUUUGUGCUCAAGGAUUCUUAUUUGCCUUGAGUUCAAUGUUAGUAGCCUCAGAUAAUUGAUGGAUAUCUAGAUAUCAUUCAAGUGACAAUUUUGGCUCUUAAAAAAGCAUGUAAGGAAUAUUUAUUAGAUGGGAGAAAUUAGCAGAUGCAAAAUAACACAAGGAUAUUUUAAUUACAAAUGAUCAGAACUCAUGAUCAAGGAUUCAUCAGAGACCAGUUGUUCAAAAGGCAGUUUGAACUAAUUCAGAAUUCUAUGUAAUCCUUGGUCUGAUUUUCCUUGGUUAAGAGUGUAUCUUAGGACUAGCAGUCAAUGGGGUUUUCUAUCCAUUAUUUAACAAAUAGAUUCCAAGUUGUCAAAAUAUGGUAAGAACACCCUGGGUUAGCUUGGUUGUCCUUUCAACCACCCAGCCUUGAAACGUAGGGUAUUGCACAGAUGGCAAACAAGGUGGAUUGGUUAAAGUUUGUGAGUGUGACGUUUUAAUGGGUUUUACAUUAUCUAGAGGAACUUAACCUUAUGCAGUUUGUUGUUUUCUUGUGUCUGGUAUAUGUGUCUGAACUCACAAUUUUGUUUCAAUCAUUCACCAAAUAGUUUUGGCAAGUUGGAUUUUAUAUAUUAUAAAAAGGAAGAAGGAAAUAUAAACCUUGUUGAUGUUUGAAGCAUGAGAAUUUAGUAUUUUAAAUCUUUGGUUACAAAAUUUGUAAAAGAAAGACUACACAAUAAAAUGAAAGAAUAAACAAGUUGCAAAAGAAGUUUCUGUUAAAGUCUUUCAUGGGAGUGACAGUAGUUUUA